AUGGCAUCUCAAUCCCCAAUCUCUUUCGGGUCCCUCUACCUAGCAGGUUUCUUGCAAGCCGGAAGUCCUCCUCACGUCGCUCUCAUCAUUCCUGAGAGCGAGGAAACAGGCUUCAUGAUGCAUAUCACAAUCAAGCCUGGCGUUUGGACUUAUGAAACUAUGAACCAGAGGAUUAGAGGCUCUAUGACCUUCACAACGCUUCUGAAAAUUCAUGACGUGUCUGCUGGGGCUAUCACGAAACAGGAACUUGAUGACAUUAGGAAGGAAGUUCCCCCUCCUCCAGGCUCUGAUAGCGGCUUUUGCUUGAGCUGGACCAUCGAGGUCGUUCAGCGGCUUCAUGAUCGACGCCUUCUCAGCCUAUCCUCUGCCCAGAAUCUCAAACAAGAAUUCUCCGAGUUCGCCGCUGGAAACUCCAAGUUCGCCAGGCAUAACUUUCUUCCCAAUAUCGCUGUCUCUAACUAUUGUGCCUGGCAAGUCCUUCAUGUCCGUGAUAAUCUUUAUUUCUGA